AUGGUUGCUAUCCAGUCCAUCUUCGCCGCCGUCCUGGCUAUCCUGCCUGCGGCCAGCGCCACCCGCAGCUUCUACAACGAUGGCCACCUCAACGGCUGGGACUUUGUCCGCCACGAGAACCAGGGAACCGUCUCCGAGGUCUCCAACGUCGUCUUCAAGGGCAACUCUGCUCUCAAGAUGACCCAGACCUACACCCCCGGCUACAAGGACCGCUACCACUCCGAGGUCGACCACAACCGCGGCUACGUCCGCGGCGAGGAGCAAUUCUACGGCUUUGCCUUCCGUCUCUCUGAGGACUGGCAGUUCCAGCCUCAGUCUUACAACAUUGCCCAGUUCAUUGCCAACCGCCCCGGCGCCGGCUGCGGUGGCGACGACUGGAUGCCCUCCAGCAUGUUCUGGAUCCAGAACAACCAGCUCUACGGCCGCUACGUCAACGGCCACUACCGCCAGCCCAACUGCGGCCGCAACAUCGUCACCCGCCCCAACCUUGCCACAGUCAGUGCUGGAGUGUGGCACCGAAUCGUCCUCCAGAUCAACUGGAAGUCCGACAACACCGGUUACUUCAAGGUCUGGUUCGACGGUGUCAAGGUCCACGAGGAGUACAACGUUGCCACCACCGUCGAUGAUGACAGCGUCUUCCAGUUCCGUGUCGGUCUGUAUGCUAACAGCUGGCACGACGAUGGCCACAUGACCGGCAGCCAGAGCUUCCGCCAGGUCUGGUACGAUGAGAUCUCCGUUGGCACCACCUUUGACGAUGUCAACCCUGACCUGCACUAA